UAUUUAGAACAAAGUUGAACCUGUGGGUAAAUGUCGUAUCCAAAUGUAAAUAUAAAUCUAAAGUGAUGUGCGUACAUGAUAUUGUCAUCCUCCCAACUCAAACAAUCAAAGGAAUGAGAGAGAGAGAGAAAAAAAAUGCUUUUGUGUUUAAUUUGUUUGACUGGGGUCUCUUUGUCUGUUUAUUUAAGAAAAUGUCCCAUUUGUACGUAUCUCUGAUACAUUCUCUUAAAUUACUGUUUGAUACACAAAGUGUUUUCACAUUAACAUUAAAUCCUUUGUUGAAAAUUGAGUCAUCUAAGAUUUAGUCUGAUUUUUCACAUGAAAUCGUGAAUUGUUGUAUCUUGUGUGUCCUUAUCUGUCCGUUGCACUUGUGCAUGAAGAUUUUUUUCCAAAAUACAAUGAAGAGGUUGAGGAUAAAGUUUAUUUUUAAUCAAGUCCGCUAUUGUUUGAAUAAAAUAUUAGGCUACAUCUUCGAAGUCCAACACGACAGCUGAGCCGCUCAACGUCCUAAAGAAGCUUGGAGCUUGGAGAAUGCUGCGUGCCCCGGUCACGUGCUGGUUUAGCCAAUCAAGGAGCACUUUCUUGCAGCGUUUGACCAAUAGAAACUCGUCUUUGCGGAGCGCCACUUCCGGCCCGCGUCAUCCUCCAUGUGAAGCAUCAACCUGGUGCUGAUAUGUCCCCAAACAGCUGUCCAGCGAGAACCAUUUUCAUUUCUCUAUUCUUUUGAGCGGCGAAGGAAGUGAGAGCAACUAUACCCAGUGACGUUCUCCUUCCUUCUCUCUCUCUCUUUUUAAACACGCCUCUACGCUUCACAGCUUAUAGUUUUUUUGCGAGUUGAUUCCGGCAAGAGGCGCUGGUUAGCCGCUCAGUUCGGACUAAACCUCCCCUCCGUUGAUUCCGUCUCCCCCCACGGCGUUAGCCUUGCUAACUUUACCCGGGCCACGGUGAUUCUGACCCUCCGUCUUAACGCCAAAAUGCCGGAGUACCUGGACGACCCGUCUGUGCUCACCAAGGACAAGCUGAAGAGCGAGCUGCUGGCCAACAACGUGGAGCUGCCCGGCGGAAACCCGACCAAGGACGUGUUCGUGCAGCUGUACCUGACGAACCUGACCGCUCAGAACAAGAAAAAUGUCACGGCCGCGACUCUGGACGCCUUUUCCAGCGACGAGGAGCUGCCGCCGCCCGUGGUCUCCAGCAGAAGCCGCUCCUCCGGCAAAAAAGCCACAAGGAAAACGGAUAAGGUUCGUCCAGACGAGCUCGAUGUGACGGGUCUGACAGACGAAGGCCUGAGGGAUGAACUGCUCAAGCACGGAGUGGACGUGGGGCCAGUAGUGGCAUCUACCCGGAAGCUGUACGAGAAGAAGCUGCAGAAGCUGUUGGACGACAGUCCUGUACAGCCACCAUUGGCAACUUUCAAUGACGCGCAAGUCAACCACAACGGCAGCGCUGAUUCUGAUCUCUACAGUGACAAGGAGGAUGAAGUGACAUCGGUCCCAGAACCAGAGCCUGUGGCAGAACCUGAACCAGAACCUGAACCUGAGCCUGAACCUGAGCCUGAACCUGCUCCAGUGGUGGAGAGACCGUUGAGGAGCAGAGGGAAGACCGCCGUCACCACCCGCACCCGCAGCAGCCAGUACAACAUGAUGGUGCUUGAUGAUCUCAAGUCUCUACCAACAAAUCAUGUCCGCUUGGAGUCUGAAAGAAUUGUUCAUCACAGGCCCUCAAGUCCAUCUCGUCCUGCUUCCACCUCAUUCAGAUCCGUUCAGUCAAAGAGUCUUCCUGAAGAACUGAGACCACAACAGGCUGCCAAGCUAUCAAAGCCCUCAUCCCGUCUGGUCAACCAAACCUGUGUCGUCCCGCCCACCUUUAGCACCUUGAGUUACAUCUCUCCCAUUAAACGCCAGGAGUCCCACUGUUCUGUGUCAGACCAGUUUGGAUCUAAGCCUGGCAGUGGCUCAGCAGCAACGGAGGAGUGUGUCCCACCGGAGGCCCUGCUGCUUGGACAGAAACAGCAGAAAAUCAGCAGCUUGCUGUCCACAUGCAGCCCUGUGAAGAUGCUGAGCUGUGCACCCAUACUGUCCAAGGAUGUGUUAGUCAAACAGGUGGAGAAAAUCGCAGCCAGUGACCAAACGCCUAAAGUUGAAGAAAAAGAUGUUCUGAAGGAGCUGUUUUCCAAUGACCUCAGCAGUCCAACAGGAAUCAAUGCAACCUGUCGACGACCCAUCCGAGGAGCUGCCGGACGCCCAGUAAAAUCCAGUGACCUGUGGAAUGACGAAAACUGUGUCUUCUCUCCAAAAACGACCACCAAGACCAGCAGCUACUCCUACACAGAGAGCCACAAUGUCAACAGAGUCACCAGCCUGCCCCCCUCCAUCGCCGUCAACUCUUCCACCUGUGGGCUCCUGUCUGCAGCUCCCCCUGCAGGCAAAACCAAAGCAGCUCGCCACAGUAUGUCUCUGUGGAUAAAGCUGUUUCUGCUGGCCAUCAUAGCUGCUUUCCUGUUCUUGGUUUACCAGACCAUGGAGACCAACUCCAACAGCCCGUUCACUAGCGGAAACUCGGAAGCAGCUGGUGGCACUACAGCAUAGAGAGCACAGGAAGAGUCUGAGGGGCAAAGAGAAGCAUGCCUCCUUCUACUUGUUCAUUUUUUUAAGUGUGAAUCUAAAUUGUAGCCAUUUUGUUUCUUACCUCUGACAUCGUCGACCAUUUUUUUCUUCAAGUUUUGUUCUUGUCUUUUUUUUUUUCUUCAUUUUUAAAUGGACUCCUAAAGAAAAGUGACAUACUCACUUUAGUGACUUUCAAAGACUUUCUCCGUGACAUGUUGGGAAAAUACUGUUGUUGUUUUGUUCCAUCCUUGACCUUGGACCUCAGGUUAUGACAAAGCCAGCCACUAAUCAACCAUGUGAAACACACACAUCCAGUUGCUUUCCAAGUGAUGACUCCUUUUAUUUUUUAUUCCCAUGCCAUAUUUACAUGGUCCAUGAGUGUGUUUGUAUUGGGCGUGUGUGGUUGAGAUUUGUUUCACACUUUGCCUUAGCAUCUUUCACUGUCGAUCACUAACAGUCUUCAAGAUGGAGUCUAAACCUGUACUUUUGUUUUGUACUUUUGACCAUCUUUGUUAAUGAGACAGGGAGGCUUGUUAUUAUACCCAGAUGCUUCUAAAUCUUCUUAAACCCUACACAAAUACUUUCAUAAUGUACUCUUUUAAUAAAUUUGAAUGUCAUUCUAUUCUGCUUAAUUAUGUAUUCUCUGUCACCAAUGUUGAAUAUUCACUCAAUAAAAUAUUAUGUUGUUACCGUG